CCGACUAUUGGCAGUCUUCAGCCAAUCGCGACCAGAAAUCUCUGUUUGGUGGGUGGUCCCGCGGCCGGGAGGUUGGUGGCUGUUGAGCGGUUCCCGUGGAAAAGUCCUUGGGCGGAACAUCUUGGCCGGAAGAGAAAAUGAGUUUAGCUUUGAGAAGUGAGCUUGUAGUAGACAAAACAAAGAGAAAAAAACGAAGAGAGCUCUCUGAAGAACAGAAGCAAGAAAUUAAAGAUGCCUUUGAGCUCUUUGAUACCGACAAAGACCACGCAAUAGAUUAUCAUGAAUUAAAGGUGGCAAUGAGAGCCUUGGGUUUUGAUGUGAAAAAAGCUGAUGUACUGAAGAUUCUUAAAGAUUAUGACAGAGAAGCCACAGGCAAAAUCACCUUUGAAGAUUUUAAUGAAGUUGUGACAGACUGGAUAUUGGAAAGAGACCCACAUGAAGAGAUACUGAAAGCAUUUAAACUAUUUGAUGAUGAUGAUUCGGGUAAAAUAAGCUUGAGGAAUUUGCGACGCGUUGCCAGAGAAUUGGGUGAAAAUAUGAGUGAUGAAGAACUUCGAGCUAUGAUCGAAGAAUUUGAUAAAGAUGGCGAUGGAGAAAUAAAUCAAGAGGAAUUCAUUGCUAUUAUGACUGGCGACAUAUAAAGGAUUACAUGAGUCAACACCAAAAUGUUGCAGUUACCAUCUAUAUUCCCCUUUUGUGACUGAAGUCCUGUUUAAAAAAAAAUCCAACUUACUUCUUUCUCCAAAAGGACCAAAACUAAGCAUCCUUUUAUUUACAUUUCACUGCUGUUAAGUUUCUUUGUUAUCAUCAAUAGUUUUAACUUCACAUUUAUAAUGCAGGUUUAUAUAAAGCUUAAAAUAUCAAA